AGUGCAACAUGUACAUUUAUUAUUCUAUAUAUCCUGUGUGUGUCUCAGGUCUGCAAAGUGGGGUUUAAUUUAUUGUACGAUUGAAUGUAACGUCUCUGUAGUAGGACCAAGCCUCUGUCACACAACUUACAUCAGCUCUAACUGCAAAGCUUUGCAUAUUUCCUGUUCCCCUUCUUUAACAACCCGUGAAUGUGACUGCAAUCAGCACUUCAUAUUAUUAAAAGUGUGUAUUAGCAUAGCGAAUUACAGAGCUGCUGAGAAGAGCUGCAGGUCUUUGCUUCCUUUUAAAGCAAACAAUCAGAGCGUUGCAGGCUGGUAUUUUUGCACCAUAGCUGGUCCUGUUUGCUUGGCAGUGCUGGACAAUACAGCCUGACAGCAUACAAUGGAUCAACACCUGCUUCCUCAGUAGACAAUUGAUGGGUUUGCUUGCUGAAGUGGGAUAUUUCAGGUACUGCUUAGCCACAUAGAGCCACUGAAAAUAUAACAUUAAACCUAAACAUCCUUUCUGUCAAAGUAUUGUGAGCACAUGCAUCUAUUUUGGUGUAUUUAUGCAGCUGAAAUGUAAAGUUUUAGCAGGAAUCCACUGUUCCUCUUCACACUUUUUAAUCUCAUAAAGAUGUGUUUUCUCCUCUUGUACAAAGAAAUCAGUCAAUUUUUUAAAAGUCCCUAUUUGUAAUGCAUUCCUUGGAGGCCUUUUCCUGUUUUAGUUACAGUUACAGCUUCCUUGUGCACCUCGGCAUCCUGGAGGUCAAACAUGACCAGCAGUACCAGUGGGGAGUGAUUCCUUAUCAUUGACCUCAGGGUAGCCUAAUUUGAGUUUAGCAAUGCAGAGAGACCCUGCUUUGAGGAACUCUGCUGGCAAUUUUAAGUAGCUGCCUAUUACAUAAUAUGGUCGUUGUUUGUUUGUGUGUUUGUCACUAAAUGUUCAUUUACCCCAACCACAGGUCUUGUGAUUGCCACAAAGCAAAUUCCAGGAAUUCUUGCUUUUAUUCUUCAGUAUUGGCUUGCAAUUUAAUGUCAUGUUUUUAAAAGAGACCUUAAGGGAUUAAAUAAGAAGUUUUCCUUCUGCAAAAUGCUUAUGAGUCAUAUGAAAUCAGAUGUCAGUGGUUAAUUUUAAGAAUGAAAAGUAGAAGUUGUGACGGCUGUUUUCUACCAGCUCAUCUCCGGUCCACUCACGCAGUUUGUGAGUCACCAGUGGGAAGUGCUGGGCUGGGCUGUGUUUUCUGCACUGACAUCUGUGCCGCGGACACUUGUGGUUGCAUCUGUGCAUGAGCAAGUCUUUUAUCCUGGGCUGUUUUUAAUAGUCUGAACAGGAACAACAAUGAUUUUUUAAUUGUUGCUGACAUUGGUAACAGGAAGUUUGGGCUUCUGAAGAGCACAACAAAAACCCGUGUGGACUUCCUGUUGCUUUAUUUUCUGUCAUUCGUCUGUGGAUGUUGGGAUUUUUCUUUUAGAUGAUGGAGCAGAGCUCAUGCACUGAGGAUCGCAUCCAGCAUGUCCUUGAACGCUGCCUUUGCCACCUGAGUCUCGACACUCCUGACAAACAGCUCUGGAACGCUGGCCUGUGCAUAAGCCGCUGGUGUUUGGAGGAACUUGUGAAGAGAGAUCCUCAUAACUUCCUCAUCCUUCUACAGAAAAUACUGAGGAAAACAAAGGAGGUGCAGGAGCAGUGUCAGUAUGAGCUGGUGGUUCCUCUCACACUCUUGUUCUCCUCAGCUCUUCUUAGAAUUCCAUUAGCUCCAGACUACGGUGUGCUGCAGGAGGCCUGUCUGUUGUUCCAAAGGUUUCUGGCCUGGCCUGAACCCUGCAGUUCUGCCUGCAAACGCCUGCUAAAGAUCAUCCAGCAGGAGCUCCGAGCACCAGGCAUUUCAUUUCAGCGUCUUGUGAGGACAGAGCAAGCGGUCUCCCAUGACAUCCACUGCUCUAAAACCAUAAUGGUACUGAUGUUGAACCCUGAUGAUGAAGUCCCUCCAGAAGUCCAGUCAGCUUCUAUGCAGCUGAGUACCACCCAUCACUCCAGCAGAGACAUCACAACCACUCUGAUCCUGCACAGCUUUCAGGCUGCUCUGGGCCCCAAACAUGACCUGAAGGCACUCCAAACCUCCCUACAGAGGCAGCAGCCUGAGCAGCUGCAGCAUCUCCUGGAGGUGAUAACUGACAGCAUGGAGACAGCAGCCACAGCAGUAGAUCACAGGACGGCUAGAGAGGCUCUUAUUCACAAAAUGGAGAUGCUCAGAGAAAGCCUCACCACUCCUGCUGAUGUCUGCCCAGAUACUGGAACAGUUGAGAUGUUCAAGUUGCCUAUUCCCAAAUGCCACACGUGCUCAUGGGACAAUGAUAACUUUGAUGUUCUGAAAGACAUUCUUGCAGUUGAUUCUGACCUGGAUUCUCUGUCAGAGUGUUUCCUCAAAUCGGGAAUAGAUGAGGAGGAUUGCAUUGACAUCAGUGUGGAUGAGGAAGAUGAGCUGGACUCAAACAAAGUGGAUCACGAGUCUCAAAACCACCGUAUCUCCACUGUAUCUUCUUCCUCGAGGGACUCUGCAUUUUCCAACUACUCUCUUUCCUCCAGCUGGUCGGUGCCCUCCAGCUCAUCGGGUGUGGAAAGUGACCUCAGUGAGGACACUGCACAUGAGGACAUGGAGGAGUUGCAAGAAACCCAACCAAAGGCUAGAAGGAAACCCAAGAAGAAGUCCAAGUCGCUCUUGGGUAUUGAGCGUUUCUCCAUGCUUUUCAAGACUCCCCGUAGUCCUAGCACCUGCCGCAGAGCCCAGAGCAUGGGUUACCAUGGUGACAUCAGCAAAGACUUACAGCUCAAACACUCCAGGUCCGUGUCAAGGCAGGUCCAUCCUCUGAAUGAGUCCACUAUUCCCACAGACCCCUUCACCCCCCAGAAGCACAUGUGCGUCCGUAGGAGGCCGAUCCUGAGCUGCGAUGAGGGAAACGUGGCGGAAGUGCCGACCCUGGUGAAAGUGGUGGUCUUUGGAGGUGACAGAGAGGCUGGUCGGCUGGCCAGAGCGUACAGUGACCUGCAGCAGAAGGAGAGUCAGUGUCCACAACUCACCAGAAUGUGCAAACUCCAAUUUUACUUUGUUCCCAUCAAAAAGAGAACAGGAAGUCCAUCAGGAGGGGGCAACACACCAACAGAAGGGCAGGCAGGAAGUUUAACCAAAGCUGUUGCUUCUAUGGAGUCAAACGGUGCUUUAGUGGAGGACAGCACAACAGAUAUAGCCCAGAUGUUGGGCUUGAUGGAUCCCUGGUAUGAACGCAAUGUCCUCAGUCUGCUCAGCUUGUCCUCUGAUGUCCUCUGUCAGGCCGCAUCGAAGGACGAGGACGUCUCAGCAACCUCAGGCAGCACAGAGCAGCUUCCCCUGCUGGCCGAGUUGGUGCUUUAUUACUGCAGAAACGCAGACCAGCCAGUUCUGGUGCAGCUCUACCAGGCUGAGCUGACCCUGUCUGGGGGAAAGAGGAGAAAGGAGGUGUUUAUUCACUCCUUGGAGCUCGGACACACAGCUGGGACCAGGGCUGUUAAAGCCAUGGGGGCUGCCAGCAAACGGUUUGGAAUUGAUGGAGACCGAGAAGCUGUGCCUUUAACACUGAGUGUUGCAUACAACAAGGUGGCUGUGAGUGGGCGGGGUCAGUGGGUUCAGACGGAGAUGGUCUGCACAUCGAUUAACCUUUACAAAACAUGCAGGAAGCCCGAGCAGCUCGAUUCAAAAGAGAGUCUGCAGCUGACAAUGACAGAAGUGCUGAAGAGACAGUCCUCCAAGUCCAAAAAGGGCUACAACCAGCAAAUCUCCAUAUCAGAGGUGAAGGUGGAUAAAGUGCAGGUGAUCGGUGGAGAAGAUGGAACAACUUUUGCAGUUUGUCUGGAUCAGGAUGAAAAGAAGUUCAUCCAAAGUGUCACCAGGUGUGAAGUGUCUCUAUGCUCCAAACCAGGAAGCAGUUUAGACUGGAAGACUUACAAGCCAUUACCAGGCCAAAUCCAGCCUCUGCACCCCACCUACUGCUCUCUGCUCUGCCUCCCUAUUACCUCUUUCUCUGCUUCAUAUCCAUGACAGACUGACUGAAGCUGCAGGAUGUGGAUGAAUGCAGGAUUUUCUUUGGAGGUCUCCUUUUUGUUGGAUUCACAUCGAUAGUAGAAAACUGACUACUUGAGUUUUAUAUUGUACAUUUUAGAUCCAUGACAUAGUAGAAAUAUAUGUGUAAACUAUUUAUUUUUGAUGAUUUGAUAAAAAGAAUGUGAUAGUUUUGAACUUACUGUGUUUCAUGUGUUAUUUGUCCCACAACCAAAAUAAAGCCAAG